GGGACUGACAAAAAAGGGGGAACGGCGCUUUGGGGCUCAAAAUAUGUACUCUUUCGGCUCUGCCAACACUCAACAUUUUGCAGAGGAGAAAACAGACAAAAAAAGCUACUUUGGCUACAAAAAUUUCCUCACUCGGCUCUCUCUGAAAAAUGGGACAGGCCAACUCACACAAAAACACUCCACUCUUCCUCCCCCAAAAAGACAUCCCUCGGCUCUCUCUAGUUUCAGGAGACCAAAAAGACAAGCCACAAAAAGAAAAAAAAAGCACUCCAAUCCCUCUCGACUCACUUGGCAGAGGCAGAAAAAAAGAAACGCACGAGAGAGGAGGAAGGGAAGCUCUCGGAAUUUUGCAGCCUGACCCCUCACUCUCCCUCUCUCGGACUUGGGCGGAGGAAACAAACAGAACAGAAAAAAAAAAUCUUCCCCAACUCCUCUCGAUUCCAUCUCAACCUCACAUACACCUACAUUGAGAUGGACAGGCCUCAACAAAUCAGUCAGCUGUUAACAGUUCCAAUGGAGGUUCGAAGAUGGCCAGGGCUUCUUUCAUUUAGUGAGAUCAAUCAGGUCGCCUCCUACCUUGGACCAAUUGGGGAUUUCAAAGACAUUGAGUCAGAUGGAUAUUUGGUAGAAGCUUUAAUUCAAUUGUGGGAUCCCGAUGGUUCAACAUUUCGGAUAGGAAGCAAGGAGUUGACUCCGACCAUUGAAGAGGUAGCCGGUCUUCUGAAUUUGUCAGUAAAGGGUACAGCAGUGAUAUUUCCGAUUGCUUCUGGCAAGGUUGAAUUCUGUCAUUUUACUGGACUAAAAGAGUCUGUAGUGCGAGGAUCAGAUCAGAGCAUAGAUGUAAAAUUUUUGUUUGACAGAUUCGCAAUGAAAGACGGGUUUGAUAAGUAUUCGAAGGAUUUUUCAUUUACAUCUAAGGUAACAUGGGAAUGUAAGAGGCCGCUGGUGUAUGGACUUGUGAUGGCGGGGAUUUAUUUGUUUCCUAGAAAAGAUAAGAAAAUUGGUUUCAAAAUCACUAAACUCCUGUCUGACUUGUUUUUUGGAAUUAAGGAUCAACAAGCCUCUAUAGUACCGAUUGUGUUAGCUGACAUUUUUGUUGCGUGCACCAACUGCCAAAGGGGGUCAAAGUUCUUUUAUGGAUCAAAUCGAAUUUUGCAUAUAUGGGCCAUGGAACAUUUUCGAAGACAGUUGCCUGCUCUUGAUGGUCUACCAUUGAUUGGGUAUAAUUGGAUCUCUACCCAUCAUAAGAGAGUUGACCAAAGUAAUUUGCCAAGAAGUGCAUCGAAAUGGCUGGACUUUUUGAGGGUAUUGUCAGAUCAAAAGAUUAGAUGGGUACUAGACUGGACCGACUGUUUUAACCCUGUUCUGCGCGCCAAGUCAUCAGAUUUGAUACCGUUAUUGGGAACUCAAGGCAUCAUGGCAUACACUCCGAAAAGGUUUCUCAGACAGUUAGGACGCAUUCAAGGAGUACCACUCACACCUGACUUGACCGAUUUCACCAUCAGUUUUGGCAAGGGGAUCUGUCCAGACAAAAUUCCGAUGAAAGUAUCAAUUGUCGAAGCUUGGGAAACACUGUCCGAUGAUGAGGAUAUCGCUUAUGUUCCGCAACUUAAACAAAUGGCUUUGGUUACCCCUCAAUACGAGGAGUGGCUCAGAGAAUCUGGUGCUGGGCGACCAUUGAUGGAACAGUCCGAGGAAGUCAAGAAACUAAUGGCAAUCAUUGAGGCGAAAGACACAGAAAAUGCACAAUUAAGACAAUCUGUGAAAGUGAAUAAGGGUCUAGCAGAGAAGAAUAAAAGACUGUGUGAAGAAAUGCAAGAAAGACACCAGGAAUUGAAGAGAAAGUGUGGCAGGUUGUAUGAUCAAACUGAACGCAUGCAGAAUCCUUAUUCCAGAGAGCCAAAAGAUGCUGUGAUAGAUAGAUUGAAAAAGUUUAAUGAUCUUGUACGAAAUCAACUUCGAGAAAUGAUGUAGAUGAUGUAUGAUAUUUUGAAAUCCAUCAAUGAAAUGAUCCU